AUGCCCUACACCAUCAUCCUCUUCGUCAGCCGGGACUCGUCUCUCACUUUUGAGGAAUUCCAGGACCACUACGAGAACAAGCACAUCCCGCUGGCCUACUCGCUGCUGUCGGACGUAUGGCCGACUGCAUUCCACCGCCGCUACCUCGCACGCAUCACGCGGAAAGGCUUCGGGGGACCUGCCAACCCUGACCGUCCUCUGCUCGCCCUACGCGGAGACCUGGCCGAGAUGGACUGUGACUGCGUCGCCGAACUGACCUUUCCGUCCGAAAAGCAUUUCAGCAAGUUCUACAAAAAGGUCUAUGAGAAGGAGAUUGCCGCCGUUAUCGCCGCGGAUGAAAACAAGUUUCUGGAACCUGGAAAAGUCAGGGUUAUCGUGGUCGGCGAAACAUGUAGCACCUCUCCACACGGUGUAACUACAAGUGAAAAGAGCGAUAUCACAAGAAGCGAUGCAUCCGACAGCAGCGACAUGAGCAGCAGCGAUCGAAGUGGAUGA